AGGUCCCGAUUGCCUCAUCGCCCCUCAAGCAAGUCACAAGGCGACUUUAAAUCGAGGUUCGUAUUUUUUGAUCAGUAACUUAACUCUUAAAAGUACUUAAAUAAUUAGAAUGGACGUCAAAAGUAGAAUACAAAAGUGCAACGAAUUCGCGCGCUUUGUUGCAAAAUACAUGCUUUCUCGCAAUUUAAUAAAUCUGCUCUAACUGCAUGGAGUUUUAGGGUUAUCUCGAACUCUGAUGAGAAACUGAUAUCGGUUCACCUACCAGCACUAGUAUUGGGCCGGGAAAGAAAAGGACACAUUCCUUUAUUGUACAACUGAUAAAUGCUUGUGCGAUAAAUAGUCUGAAAUUACAGUGUAGAAUUAGUGAAAAUAAGUGGAACACUAAAGACUUACGUCGGUGAAAUAAAAGUAACAAAGCCUUUAUAGUUUAUUUUCUUUAGUUUUUUUUUUCUAAAAUAAACGGUUGAAUUGGUGAAAGGAAUGUUGCAUGGUACAAGUAGCAGAGUCUGCAGGAAUUUAAUAUAUUAUAACACUCAGCAUGAAGGCCCACCAGUAAGGGGCCCACUAUUUGAUUUUUGAGCCGGGUAUGGGUUAUUUUUUUUUAAUGCAAGAUUUUUUCAGACCUCGUUCGUGCAGUGGCUAUUUUGUUUUGCACAAAAUUUACAGACCUUAGUGACAAUAUUGAUCUACAAGAAUUUUUUUCGGCCCUUUGGGCUAUUCGGCCUCGGCUUAUGUAACGGUUGGCCCCGAAAGGUAUCACCACCUUAGAUUUGGAGCCUGAAUUUUUUAGUGGAGAGAGAACACCCGCUCUGAACGACUACGCAUCGCGGCGGCCCAGCUGCCUUUUACAAUCAAUAGAGAGGCUCUACCAAUCCUCGUUUAUCUUUUAUACCGGUCCUCAAAGCCAUUACACAAAGAGAAAGCUGGUUCCAAAGGCACCGGAAUGGCUUCGAAAGUCGCAAGGCAGGAGUAAAUCUUAA